AACUUAAAUUCGUUAAAAUCCUCCGUUUUUAUAUUAAUCAGUAACUUAUCGGUAUUGUAUAUUUUUUUUGUACAAGUAAAUCUUUUAUUCCCUUCUAUUUCUAAACUCAUCACAUGUGUUGACUGUUGACGAAGUUUACAAUGUUGACAUGACAAAUUCAUUCGAACUUCAAAGUUUCAAUCAAAACAAUGAUGUCAAACAUGUGAUUGUAUUUAUUUUAAAAAAUAUGUUUUAUUACUGAAAAAAUGCAAGAAAAACAGAAUUUAUUGUCCGUAGAAGAUAAGUUUAUGAAGUCCUUUAAGUAUUAUAAGUCAAACAAACCUAAACCUUCGUUGGAGGACGUAAUCGACGUGGAAAAAUGUGCAACUGAUAAGGUGAACAAAAUAACCCCGGAUACAUGUACUGACGAUCCAAGAGCAGAAUUAUUAGGACUAAAAAGUAUAAGAACAUGGAAAAUAUAUACAUUUGUAAGGCACCCCGGUUUACUAUUUAUCAGAAAUCCUUUCACUACACUUGGACAAAGAUAUUGGGUUAGAAAAUGUCUUGAAGAAUAUCCAAGGAAACCAAAUAAAUUAAAUAUUGAUAUAGAAAUGAAUGUAGAAGACUGGUGGGUGGAAUGCUUUAAAAAUAGUGAAUGUGAUAGGCAGCUGCAGAAGAAACUUCGAUGGACUACAUUAGGCUACCACCACAACUGGGACACAAAAGUUUACACAGAACAGAACAAGUCACUAUUCCCCCUGGACCUGGCAGAGUUGUCAGAUAUAUUGGCUAAGUACUUGGGGUACUCUAACUUUAAGGCUGAAGCAGCCAUAGUCAAUUAUUACCACAUGAACUCCACAUUAUCAGCACAUACUGACCAUUCCGAAGUCAAUUUGGAAGCACCUCUAUUUUCAUUCAGCUUUGGCCAGUCAGCAAUAUUUUUAAUUGGAGGACAAGACAAGUCAGUAGAGCCAUCAGCAAUACUAAUCAAAAGUGGGGACAUUGUGGUUAUGUCUAAGGAGGCCAGACUAUGUUACCAUGCUGUACCAAAAAUAUUACCAUCAGCCGAGUCCCCUUGGGAAGAAGUAGAAAUUUCAAAUGUCUCCAGCAAUAGUAUAUCCAGUUUCAAAUACAUAUCACAGCCAGAGGAAUUUGUUGGAACAAUGAAUGAAAAUAUAGAUAAUGAAAAAUGGAACAGAUUCAGAAACUACAUUCAAGAGUCAAGAAUAAAUAUGAAUUGAACAUUCAGCACACGAUCAAGAGGAGUUCAUUCAGAGACGCGGAAAUAUGAUGGCAAUAAUAAUUGUUGGUUCAUCAUAAGAAAAGAAAGUAUAGAAAUUAGUAUUGUUAUACGAGAUAUUGCUUUAGUUUCA